GAUUAGGACCAACCCAAUCCCAAUGUCAAAAUGGCGGCGUCCAUGUUUCGCUCAUCCAAUUUCAGUAAAUGCGUAGGGUUUAUACAACUAAGGCAUACACGACAUUUGCAAUCUAUUGCAGUUCAAGAACAAAAUGAUGAAGACGCACACUAUCCCCCUAUCAAACCAAAAUUUCCGACAGGAGUGUGGGGGAAAAUGGAUCGCAAAAUUGCCUGGCAUUGGGAUGCAAAACGGGAGAAAGUUGCAGCGUUGAGCACAGCGAAAGAUAAAAUAAACCAUUUAACUGAAAACACUUUCAGCAUUUGGAAAUAUAACUGUGUCGAUACCACCCCGAAUUUACUUGAUUAUCAAUGUAAAGUGACUAAAACUCGCAUUAUCAAUGGUUCAUUGCCUGUAUUGUAUAACGAUCUUGGCACUGAAGAUGGUUUUGACAAAGAAUAUGAAAAGUUUAAACAAAUAGUUGUUGACAUGUUAAUACAAGAACAUGAGUUAAACAGAUACAGGUUAGAAAAGAAGAUAACAAUCAGAGACUCUCAUACUCCAGGACCAUCAAGGUAUACUCGCGAUUACCAACAUUCAAAUAGCAUUGUAAGGGGUAUGCUUGUAAAUUUAUUGGGAAUUCUAAGUGGUCAAAGGAAAGAUGUUUUUGAAGGUCAUGUUGAUAACAAUGUUAAAGUGUCAGCGUGUUGGAGUCGUGAUGGCUACCAGAGAAGAAAGCCAAGGAUGAUGCCAAACAAUAAGAACUACAUUCUUCAGAACAACACCAUGUUUUAUGGUGAACACAUUGUAGAAUACCAAAUAAGAAAGAGCUUACCAUUGCCACAGUUUGUUCCUAUCAGUGACCACUUGUGUCAUGAUUUGUCAUACUCUGACAUGCCAGAUUAUAAACCUACAGUGCUUGGCCAGUUUAGAGAGAAAGUUCCACGUAGAAUAACAGCAGGUUUCAACAUUGGUGAUGCACAGCAGUUCAGUCACUUGAGUAUUAUUUUCUUGAACAAUCGUGCAAUGGCGAGAAUGAGCUUGUAUGGAAACAAGGAGAAAGAACAGGCUGAUAAAGGAUAUGCCAUGGGCACUGGUUUCUUGUCAACAGUAGCACAGGCUCAUGUACAGGGCUUCAAUGAAUAUGAGGAGCUGACAUACCCAUUCACCGCACAGACUAUAUUGACCGAUGGUCGGCAGUUUAUUCUGUCAGCAUAUCAGCUCAACACGUUACAGCUCUGGAAAGACGACACUGCAAACAGUCUGCAAAAUCUGUGCUGGAUUGGUGAAAAUGAGGAACUAUAUGAGAAAUAUGCAGGAGGGAAAAUUGUUGGUUUUAAUGAUGAAGUGUUUGAGCGAUUGCUGAAGUUCUUUUUGAUUAAACCAUGUGACAGAAAUGGUAUAGAUCUAUCACCAAACCUGAAGGAGCCGCUGGCAGAAGUUGAUAUUCCUGAUAGAAAAGAGUUUGUAACUAUUGAAGAAGAAUUCCAGUAUGACAGGAGUUGAAACUAGAAAGAAAAAAUAUAAAAAUCUGUUUAUAUCAAGUGUGUUGACGUAAAAAAUUGCUACAAAGAUGAUGAAAAAUGUUCUUGUGAUUAUAAUACCGUAUUUUGGUGUAUAUUGGUCGUGGUAAUGUAUAGUCCGCAUCUAAUUUUUGCUCUGGAAAUGGUCGGAAAAUUGAACUUCUAGCGUAUUAGUCGCAGUUAAAUUUCGGAUUUUUCCCCCAGCAAUAUUUAAUAUUUACCGGCAAAAAAGUUAUGGCGGCGGCCAUAUUGAUGCCGCGGACUGAAUUAUUAUCAGAACCUGAUUGGUGGAAAUCGGACAGUGUUGUUUUCGUUCCCAACCGUUUCGUACCAACAGUAGUAUCGGUAACAGAUUAUAUCAAAGAAAAGCGGCUUUUUGACACUAAUUGGCAGCAGACGGUUUGCGUUUACAUUCUGUUAUCAUGCAAGUUUAAGUGUGAAUUGUUUGCACAGCAAUUAUAACACCUUUCCGUGUCAUGUAAUUAACCGCGUUCUUUUGAUUCUGAGUAAAAAGAUUAACAAAAUAUCUCUUUUUGGAUUUUUUUCUUUUAUUUAAAAAUCAAAAGUAAAAAAUUAUCUUUCAAGUUUUUUAAUACGCUAAGACUUAGUAUAAACAAUGUUUGGAAUGGAGGACGGAUCUGUCCAGAAUUUAUCCAACCCGGAGUACAUGUCAAUGGCUUCCAGUAAAAUGAAAGUAGAAACAAACGUGAUUCAGUCCGCAAAAACAUCUUUGAAUUAAAGUCAUUCGUGAUUUUAAUAGUCUGUAUGGGUUAUUUACGAUAUAUUUUAUUGAAAGUAACCGCUAUUGGUUGAAAAGCCGCCGAUAUUGAUAUUUUUUAUCCAUUUUGUUCGUUCGUAACAGAUGCACGUAAUUUUGCGAGAGCUACGGUCAGAAAAUUGGCCCGAAAAAAAAAACUGGUGGCAAUGUUCUGUCGUAUAGGUCGCAGGAACUUUUUCAGGCAGCAGAAUGGGUAGAAAAAGUGCGACCUAUACACACUGAAAUACGGUAAACAUGAUACCUGGUUUGAUGCUGAAGGACUAGAGAUAGAAUAACAGUUCCAAAUUGUGAUUUACAGUAAAAUAUGCAAAAUGAUGUACAGUAUAAAAAAACAAAACAAAUGAAACAACUGUUUUUAUGUACAUUUGUUUCAGUAAAAAUUAAAGUAAGAAUUCCAGAA